AUGGGCUAUUGUGAGCAAUACGCGCAAUUGUUUGUCAUUAACAUCGGCCUCGUCGCGCCUGGUUUGGUCACUACCCACGCUACGCUGCAGGCUUCUUCCGAACCCUCCGGAGCGCAUAAAGUGAUGUCAUCCUCCAGUCUUCGAUCGUUCUAUGAUCUCAAACAACCAAGACUGCUGUCCGAAGACGAGAUCGCUCAGUUGAGCCCGGCCGAAUGCGAUGCCGCGUGUCUACAGGUCGAUCAGAUCCUGGUCAAUAUUCUUCAAAAUAUCGAUGCCGAUUUCGGUAAAAGCCAUCGGAUUAUAACCGACAAGAUCUUGCCCGAUCUCGAGCGCUAUGGUGAGGCGAGUAAGGGUAUAUGGGAGGGUUUAAAGUUUUGGCAAGGGUUUUUUGAGGCUUCGGCAAACGUCAAGCUCUCCGAAAAUAGCGAGGAAUCGGAGGUCGCCUCAACAGCGGUUGAUCGGUCGCAUCAAUCAGCAGACAAUUCGAUGGAGACCGUUCAACCAAACGACGAAGCUGAUCACCACUCGCGGGCGGAGUUCACGGCUCCUGACUCGCCCUUCGAGAACUUGAAAGAAGAUCUUCGACAGAACUUGGGCAUCCCAUCCAAAUCGGGUUCAGCUCCUGACGCUCCAGCGGCCCAACAGGCCGAUGAUAGCCAGCAGACAGGCUCGAGUGGCAGUCUCCGACGACCACCCCAUUGGCACGAUCUCAGCAUCGACUCGCCAGAUACGACCCUUCAGAUGCCUGUUCCGAAAGACCUUUCGAUGCUCAUCGAUGGUCAGUCCGGCGUCUCGCUCGACUCUGACAUCUCCAUGGCUUCAUUCGGAACGAAUGAACAAGAUGCACACGAACAAGAAACCUCCAAAGCCAACUCCAGCCAGUCUCACACCCGCAAGAGUGUCGGGCGUGGUUCUAAGAUUCUCUUACAUCAAGCGCUCCUUCGAGAUACAAUGAGUGGGAAUCACAAGCGUCAAACGAUCAGCACCCCAGCAAAAGCUCGAUCUCGUCGUGGCUCUACGAUCGCUAGUCUGCCUCCUGAAGCUGCUGAUCCUGAAUGGGAUGGGAUUGCCGACCUGCGCAAAGUGCCGUUGGAUGGUUUCGCGGGCUCUUCCAAGAUGACAUCCCGACCCCCGCCGCUGGAACCUCCUAGUGUGUUAAGAGAAUGGAAACAACGUGGUUACGAGUCGAUGUUCCAGUCCCGGGCCGACGAUGAAGCUCAAGCCAGUACCUCCAAGUUAAUCUCAUCAGCCAGCGAAAGGGUAUCGGAUGCCGGGCCAUCUCGAGAUGUGUCUGUCUCACGAGCAUUGAUCGACCUACGGGAGGGAGACACCGCGUCGAGUCGAGGCUCUACCCAGAACUCGCAACGGCCCCAAAGAGACGACCCGUUCAACGAGCCUUCGACGAUCAAGGCACGGCCGGGCCGGGCCUCGGCCCUCGGAGGACCAUCCAGCCGUGGCCAACAGCUACGAAUGAUGCCGAUCGACAACUCUAUGGACAGUCCGCCCGACUCCCCCACCCUCUUCGGUAUCCGCCACGACCCCAAACCUUCCCUCCGUCCGUCCCAACAGUCUGGCCCCACCGACCCCAACCGACCCAACAACCCCAGGCCGACUAGCUCGCAGACCUUCGUGCCCAUGAGGCCCGACGAGAUCGACACCUUCUUUGGCGGGAACCUCCUGGAAAGUGAAUGCUUUGAGCCUAGCCCCUUACAGGCCCAGCUAUUCGUUAACCUCAUCGAAUUAUUCCUGUCCACCUUGACAUUGCUCUAA